GAUCUUUAAUGCCUUAUUUGAUCUUGUAAAUCAAUUAACUGACUUACCGCCACAAUUUAAACACAUUCACGAAAAUGGCUGGAACUGCAUAAUUGCUGAUUUAAAUUAUGCACAAGCAAAAGGUCUUGGAUUGGCUUUAAACAAUAUAGAUGAAACAAAAAGUUGGGAAGAACAUCUUACUUAUAUUUUUAAAUCCUGUCAAGUGCAUUACAAAAGGUAUAAUGAUGAUAUAACAAAUAAUAUGUACGCACUUCUUACAGUUGAAUCAAAAGAUCAAAUAAAUCAACUAUUUAAUAAUAUUCAAACAGCUGAAGGUGCCAGUGAUUGGGUUAUUUUUUCUCUUAACAGAUAUAUAUCAAAAAUUGAAGAAAAAGAUUGGUUAUCCGCUCCUAAUAAUACUAAUACUGCGGAAGUAGCACAUGCUUUAAGUAAUCGUCAUGGAAAAAACCUUAAAUUAGUAACAGCAAUUUUACAAGGACGAAAGUUGGAUAAGGAAAGAGUUACAUCUAUUAAUAUUUAUCAAAUGUAUAAUGUACCUAAUCAUGAACGUGAUAAAAGACCUAUCACUCAUAAUGUUCAAUCUAAUAAACGCAAAGCUAAUGCACAAAAUAAAAAAUCAAAUGCUGAAAACUCAACUGCAAAAAAACAUAGAUGUGUGAGUUCUAGUAAAAAGAAAUCCAAAAAAGUUAUUACAAUUUCUGAUUUAGAGGAUAAUUGCGAUGAUGAUGAAAAUGGCAAGAAAAAUAAUCCUACAAAUUUAAAUUUCAAUGAACUUAACUAUCAAGAAAAAAAAUUAGCUUUAAAAGAGUGUGAAAUUUUUUUAAAAGAACGUGAAGCAAAAGUUCAUAUGAUAGAAUUAUCCAAUCUUGAAAAAGAAUGUGAAUUAAAAAAUUACAAUAGUAAUUAG